CGGCGGCCAUGUGUUCCGGCCUCCUGAGCCGGCUCCCCACUACCCCCGAAGCAUACGCUUUCUACCUGCAGCUCCUUGACGCCGGCAUGCCCCCGGAGGUCAGGCAGUUCAACGUGCUGAUGCGAAAUUUCGUCAGAUUGGGGGAGCUUGCAAGCGCACACAAAGUGUUCGACGAAAUGCGAAGCCGCGGCGUGCAGCCGACCGUGGUCAGCUUUAACACCUUGAUUUCAGGCAUGUGUAGAGCGCGUGACCUGGACGGUGUACACGCUGUGUACAAAGGAAUGGCGGAGGCAGGCGUCACGCCAGAUGUCUACACUUACGGUACUCUGAUUAAAGGUUUGUGCAGUGCAGGUAGGCUGGAGGAUGCAACGAAAAUGUUUGAUGAAAUGCGUGAAAGAGGCGUGAACCCCAAUGCCGUUGUGUUCACGACAUUGAUAGACGCGCAUUGCAAGGAGGGGGAUGUGCAGGUUGGAAUGGACUUUUACCGGGAUAUGAGGGCAAGGGGUGUCAUGCCAGAUUUGGUGGCAUACAAUGCUCUGGUGAACGGGCUUUGUCGGGCGAGAGAUUUUAAGACCGCUGAAUGCAUUGUGGAAGAGAUGAGGAAGGCAGGCCUCAAGCCGGACAAGGUGACUUACACCACCCUCAUCGAUGGGUGUUGCAAGGAUGGCAAGUUAGACAUGGCGAUGGACAUUAAACAGAAAAUGGCAGACGAAGAGGUUGCGUUGGAUGAGGUGACAUAUACAGCUCUCAUCUCAGGGCUAAGCAAGGCAGGAAAGCCAGUCGAUGCCGAGAGGGUCCUUAUUGAGAUGAUGGAAGCUGGUUUGGAGCCUGACAACACGACUUACACGAUGGUGAUUGACGCCUUCUGUAGAAAAGGUGACGUCAAGACAGGCUUUAAAUUACUGAAGGAGAUGCAGAAUAAGGGUCGAAAACCAGGAGUCGUGACAUAUAAUGUGAUCAUGAGCGGCCUCUGCAAGCUGGGGCAGUUGAAGAAUGCUGACAUGCUUCUUCAUGCAAUGCUUAAUGUAGGAGUGCCCCCUGAUGAUAUCACAUACAACAUUCUCUUGGAUGGGCAGUGCAAGCAUGGAAAAGUUACUGAUCCCGAAGAACUGAAAAGUGCAAAAGGAAUGGUUUCAGAUUUUGGUGUUUAUACUUCACUGAUCAACGAACUUGUCAAGAAGAAGCCAGCUAAGAGCUACCACGAUAGAUAAGAUUGCCGGUAAAGAUUUUGUAAGUACU